UGAGCUAGAGAGCCGAACUGGGGCUGGGGAAGCGCCUGCAGCGCCGCGCCAUUACGAAGUCCUGGGGAGGAGACUAGCUGCCUGGCGAGCUCUCUUCCACGCUCCCCGCCCCAUCCCCCGCUGCUUUCCCCGCCUCUCCUUCCUGCUUUUGGGAGCAGCCCCCUUCCAGCCUGGCCCUGCCCGCCCGAUUCCCCCCAUCUCUUCUCCUCCCCCAGUCCUAGCCGUGCUCAGGCUGCUGGAGCCCGUGCACCCUGGGGCUCUGUGCGGACACGCGCCAGUGGCCGGAGUACUAGGGGAUCUCGACUUCAAGUGGCUGCGGCGGCGGAAAGAGAAAGGGCAGGAGGGGAAGGAGGAGGCUUUAGGAGAGGUGUCAGAGGACGUCCUGGAACUGCCAGGAAGAUGUUGGGUGUAGCGGCGGGAAUGACCAACAGAAAUUCACCGGUGGCAGAGGGAGGCGGCAGUAAACAGCAUCUGGGACUAAGGAGUGAGGAACCAACUCAAACUGGGCUCCUGGGCUGGACCCCAGGCAUUCCUGAUGUAAGCAACAUGGCAAAUGCGUUGGCUAAUGCCCUGUGUGAACGCUGUAAGGGAGGCUUUGCACCUGCUGAGAAGAUUGUGAACAGCAACGGGGAGCUGUACCAUGAACAGUGCUUCGUGUGCGCUCAGUGCUUCCAGCAGUUCCCUGAAGGCCUCUUCUAUGAGUUUGAAGGAAGGAAGUACUGUGAACAUGAUUUUCAGAUGCUUUUUGCGCCGUGCUGUCACCAGUGUGGUGAAUUUAUCAUUGGUCGAGUUAUUAAAGCCAUGAACAACAGCUGGCACCCCGAAUGCUUCUGCUGUGAUCUCUGCCAACAAGUCCUAGCAGAUAUUGGUUUUGUCAAGAAUGCUGGGAGACAUCUUUGUCGACCUUGCCAUAAUCGGGAGAAGGCGAGGGGCCUUGGGAAGUAUAUUUGCCAGAAGUGCCACGCCAUCAUUGAUGAGCAGCCUCUUAUAUUCAAGAAUGACCCUUACCAUCCGGAUCAUUUCAACUGUGCCAACUGCGGGAAAGAAUUGACCGCUGAUGCUCGUGAAUUGAAAGGAGAAUUAUAUUGCUUGCCAUGUCAUGACAAAAUGGGAGUCCCCAUUUGUGGAGCCUGUAGACGGCCUAUUGAAGGACGUGUUGUGAAUGCGAUGGGCAAGCAGUGGCAUGUGGAGCAUUUUGUCUGUGCCAAGUGUGAGAAGCCAUUUCUUGGGCAUCGUCAUUAUGAGAGGAAGGGCCUGGCAUAUUGUGAAACUCACUACAAUCAGCUAUUUGGCGAUGUUUGUUUCCACUGUAACCGUGUCAUUGAAGGGGAUGUUGUUUCAGCCCUGAAUAAGGCCUGGUGUGUGAACUGUUUUGCCUGUUCUACUUGCAACACUAAAUUAACUCUCAAGAAUAAAUUUGUGGAGUUUGACAUGAAGCCUGUCUGUAAGAAAUGCUACGAGAAGUUUCCAUUAGAACUGAAGAAAAGACUUAAGAAAUUGGCUGAAACCUUGGGAAGGAAAUAACUUUUUUUUUCUUCCUUCAUAUGCAAAGAUUAGGAACUGUUACAUGUUACUUGAUUACGUUCACACUCCUACAAAGUUUUAUUCCAUAAGAGUGACGAUUAAAAAGCUUCUGUAACACAAAUAGCUUCACAAUGUUAUACUGCCCUUCUUUCCCUUGAAGAACUGUACUUUUUGUAUGCCCAUAUAUAGAACACAGCUUAAAUCCUCUAACUGCCCUCUCAACACAAGCUCAUUUGUAGAUACGUAGACGAUACUUGCAUAGCAAGUUUCAUAUAAUUAAAUUUAAAUUAAUUUAGGCCAAAAAAAUCUAAUUUAUUUUUAUGAAAGUCUUAGCUUUUGGAUGAUUCAGCUACCAAAUUAUGGAACAAUUUUCAAUUAGAGUCAAAAGAAAAUUACUGCCAUUUGAGCAAAAAACUAAUAAACAAAUCUUAAGCAUUCUUUGUAUAGCAGAUCUUGGUUUUCAGGUUACUAAGAAAGGAACAGGUUUAUUCAGAACUACUUGAAUUUUGCCAUUUUUCUGUUAAAUGCAAUAAUGAUCCUGCAUUGUUUCUAUUUUACUCUUCUUCCUUAUGGGUCUUAUUCCUUCAUUCAUUGUAGUUAGGAUAUCUAGCAAAUAUGUAUGCAUUUUUUUAAGUUUCUUUUUUGUGCAGAGAAUUUAUCCCACGUAUUUGAAAAUACAUUAUACUUUAACUAUUGGACAUAUGAAGUAUUUUUUUUAAUGUAUUAAAGCAAAUAUUCUUGUCAUGCUUCUAGGCUUAAUGUCAAAGCUAUAUAGUCUUAGAAUAGGACAUAAAACUAAAUUUUGUGUAAUCUUAGAAUGUUGACACUUUUUAAAACAGUGAAUGUAUGUAUCUGUAUUGCUUGGACUUCUUUUAAUAUUCUCUAAUAACUAUGCUUUAUAUACAAUCAAACCUACUUUGCCUUAGAAAAGUGCAUUUUGUAAUCACAUGUUCUUGCUGCUUAGUACAAUACCAAAUAAAAAACAAGUGAAUUUAAUUAGACUAGUAAACCCAGUUUCCUUUACCACAGCCUUAAAUAUGUUUUUUUAUAUAUUUUUGCCAGUUAAAGUUCAUAUAAUUUACUUUUUGUUGCCCUUCAGAAAGUAGAUGUACAUAUUAUGCUCCAGAAUUUCAAUCUCAGUUUCAUUAUCCAGUUGAUUUCUUUUUUUUUUUAAAGAAAGAAGGUAGAAAUGACCUUAAAAUGGUCAAAAGCAUUUUUGAAAAGGGUAAUUUCAACCCCAAAAUAAAAGAUACCCAACAAUUUCCCAACCCAACUUUCUAUAUAGAUUUGUUACAUAAUAGAAAUGCAAUUCUAGAAAUAUAUUUUUAAAAUACUGCUAUUUCUGUCAUCAAGAUUGGUCCAAGAUAAAGUGCUCAAAAUGAAUUCUAGGGAGGAAAAAUCAACUCACCAAAAUGCCUUUGGAAAUUUUUUUAAAUGAUUUUUCCAUCUCUCAAAUCAACUGACUGGGAACUGCUAGCCACCCUUGAAUAUUUUGAAUGAGUUUUCCAGUCACAUUUCACAAAAGUAAAACCUAGUAAUGAUGUCAAAUUUCCCAUAGCAAAUGACAUGGGGUUUUGUUUUCAGUGUUUUUAGCCUUUUGGUGGCCCAAAGACAUCAGCCUCAUGUAAUAACAGAAUCAAUAGGUAAUUUAAAGUUCAGUGUAUUCUUUCAACCAAUAUGUAUCAAGUUCCUGUUAUUUGCAAGUCGUGGGGUCUACAGAUGCAAAAAAUCAUUUUUGUACUCCAACCAUAGAGUAUCGUUCCUCAGAACUGUGCCUUUAUCGUAUCAGAUGUGACCAGCAACAUAAGACCAUGGAAACACUUAUUUAGUCCCAAUCACCAAGUUGGACAACAUUUCCAAAACUGGUCUGGAUAUUAAGAAGAGCAACACAAAUCUUCAGAAAUCUAUGGCAGAAGAGAGACACAUUUUAAAAAACAAACCAUAGAUUGUGUGCACCUACUCAGGACAGAUCUAACAUAUGAGUAGGCAAAUUAGGGGUUUGGCUCCCCGUAAAUCCCUGAUAACUGAAAUGGUAUUGUUAACAAUUCAUUUCUUUGUGUUGCACAUUGAUGUCCCCACCCAUCCUCAUUUAAAAUGCAAAUAACUUAAGAGGGCUAACAUCCCUUUACUCCAAUAUGUAUAUCUGUUCUUUACAUGUAGGACCUUUCAAACAGGAAAAUAUUAGGACCAUUGGCGAUAUGAUGGGAAGAGACUGUCGGGAAAGGGAAAAGGGUCUUAGGAUUGGGGAUGCCAAAGACAAGCCAUCAACUAGACAGUUUUUAUCAAUAGAUCUUACUCUAACCUCAAGGAUUCUUGGCAGAUUAGUAAGGGUGAGGUUCAUGGUUUGUAAGACAUCACAGUAAUCUGUUCUUCUGUAUCUUUGUCUUAACAGUUAAAGUUCUCUUUGUGAGAAAUUAAGUAUUCUGAAAAAUCAACCACAGCCCAUACUUACACAUGAGAAAGUGCCAUUUCUCUUAGAAAUAAGCCAAAUAUGUAGGGAGAACACAUUAAGGUACAAGGAGAAAUGACUGCUAACACCAUAUUUGAAAUAAAAUGUUAUGUUGCCUUACCUAUUUGCUAAAAUAAUUCUUUCCAAGUGAGAAUUUGUAAAAUAGGCUGAUAAUAAACCUAACUGUGUGACUUCUUUUAAAUUGUAAGCCUGAUGGCAGGGACACUAAAUUAAUAUUUUAAUGUCUUAUCUAGCAGUAUACCCUUGGUGCUUAAUAAAUGUUUAUAAUAAUUAACAA